UUUCCUUCUCCCUUUUUUUAUCUUUUACAGGGCCUGUCCUUUAUAUGCUGUCAGUCCCAAGCUCAGGGGGCCUAUUUAAAUCAACUGCUUGGGAGCAUUGUUCAACAGUAUUUUGGACGGUUUCUCCCUUCUUCACCAACUGCACUUGGAGCUGGGCAGCAUCCUGUGUUGACUGCUCUAUGCAGUUCCAUCACAGUCCCUCAGGCGCUCCGGCUACGAAAGACCACUCUGCAUGUCAUAAAUGAAAACUACAUGCAGUUCAAAGGUAGCGCUCCACCUCCUCGCUUGGCCUCAGUUCUUGCUUUCAUUCUUGAAGUACUUCAGAGAACCCAGACCAGUGAACUGUGUGACAUUGAACUGGUUCUCCCAGCUGUGUUGAAGUGCAUGGUAUUGGUUAACGAGCUACAAGUUAAAAAAAUAUCUACAGUCAUUGUGCAGUACAUGGUACAAGGCUGCCAAGCAAGGUCAGGAGGAGAACAUGCCACCCAGCUGACUUCUGUAUUUAGGCACUUUAUCCAGGACUACACUGCAAUGUAUGAUCACCGGGUGUUCAGCAUUCUAGAAACAGUGGCAGUCUUGGAUCAGACAUUAGUUACCAGCCUGAUUCCCACGCUGACGCAGUCUCUGAAGGAUUCAGAAUACAAACAAGGUCUUGGAAGAAAUGCAGCGCAAAGGGAAGCCUACAAAAGGCUUUUAACUCACCUCUCUGAGGCUGGACAAAAUGAGAUACAAAAACUGGAAAAUGAGGCAGGUUAGCAGUUGCUGGUGGUCAUCCUUUCCCCUUCAAUGUUCCAACACUGUUGGUACCUAAAUCUGUUGUGUACAACACACUAGCCGGGUUCUUUAUA